AUGCCACGACCGAAAAGAAAGACCGGAGCCGAGCCUAAGAAGCGCAGUCGUACGGGCUGCUGGCCGUGCAAAGCGCGUAAAGUCAAAUGCGGUGAAGAGAAGCCCGUCUGCGCGAACUGUGCCAAGAGCGGAGAGACGUGCGACUACAGCAUCAGGCUGAACUGGGCCGGUCGGAGCAGACGAGACAAGGACAAGGACGGCGCGCCGACCGAAGCUGCAACCUUCACCUUCGUCGCCACUCCGACCUCAGCCGGGCCUGCGCCGGGCCCCGCGAAGAGCGAUGCCUUCCCCCACCCCCACGACUACAUCUUCUCUUCCCAGCACAUCGCCAUCGCCACCGCGUCUCAGAGGCCGCCUGGCAGCCAUCCGGCAGCCUUCCCUACGCCGGAGCCAACACCUGCGAAUGGAGGCUCCGUGCUCGAUCCGCGCCUGGGGCUGGCGCAGCAGCGACCUCUCUCGCAAGACUAUCAAGCCCCAUACUACCCUUACGCCACCGCGUAUCAGUCUCCCGCGUCUCCCGAACGUGAACAUACCUCACCAGCCUCGGCUCCGCCCGCAGACGAGUUUCCGUGCUCGCCUCAGCAUCGGACGAAGCGAUUGAAGACGGCACAUAGUCCGGUGUUCGCGGUGCCGCAGUAUCCCCUGCACUCCGAACACUCACCUGGCUCGACCUUCACUUCGCAUAGUACCAGUAGCAUCGUCAACACUCCCGCCACUCCAGGCUCGAGUAUCAAUUCCGCUUCACCAUACCCUGCACAGCCAUCGUCCUUGAACGUUCAGGAUCCGCCUGACCUUCGUAGACUGUCGGUCAAAUCGCUUCUUCAUGUAUACCGCACAUAUGGCUAUGACCACGGCUUUCCCGAUCUCGAUAUACCUCUCAACGAUGAUCAAAGUGUCGUCCAGCCAAAGUCUCCCGAUCUGCGUCGUGCCAGCGCUGCUGUGUCGGAAGUGAGCACCUCCAGUGGCGAGUUCGAUGCGAAACAGAUUGCUUUCGAGCCUGGAGGCUACUAUGCUCAGCCGGUUGCCAUCAGGAUUCCCAAAUCCCUCGAGCCUCUCCCGGCCGAGCUUGUGAACAAUCCGAUGAAUCUUCUCUACUUUCACCAUUUCAUCAAUCAUACCGGCCGCAUCAUGGUCCCUCACGAUUGCACAGAAAAUCCAUUCCGUGGAGUCCUCCCUCAAAUGGCCAUGCGGAACCCUCACCUACUGCAUCUCCUGCUCGCUUUCUCGGCAUCCCACCGAGCCAAACUCCUCGACCAUGCCGAGCCGGCGAACAGGAUCGCAGGGUGGAUGGCGGAUGUACUGCCAGCCCUGCGACAAUCCCUCAAUGAACCGUCUUCGCCUGGCGUGACCGACCCUACUGAUCCAUCUUCCCUGGCUCCGCUGGCCACCGCAAUCAUGCUAGCAUCCUUGGAGAUCGUGACGCCCAACACAUUCUCCGUUCGCAUUCCUUGGCAGCAGCACCUCCAGAUCGCGCGGCAAAUGAUCGUUGAUAAGGGCGGACUGCAUCACUUGGCACAGCAAGCCGAUGGCGCCCGAGACAAGGCCAUCUUCUUCUUGUCUCGAUGGUUCGCAUAUAUGGACGUACUGGGCUCACUGUCUAAUCGUCACGAGCAACCGCUGUUCGGAGCAUACCUCGAGGACGGGGGCGGCCUAUGGCUCGUCAAUCGCGAUAAUGUGGAGAUCUACCAAAUCGAUUGCUUCUUCGGCUUUUCCGGUCGCUGCAUAGCGCUGCUGGCCCAAGUCGCAGAAUUGUCAGCAUCUUGCGAUAACCAGCGCAUCGAUCCAGUCACGAAUCAGGUGAAGGCUGGAUGGCGGCCGUCCGCAGAAGUCAGGCAGCAGGCCGAAGAACUCAAGAAACGCUUGCACGCGAGUGCGAACACCGUCUUUCGUGGUUGCAUGCACACAGAUACGAAUCAACCUCAAUCCGAGAACAACCAAGACAAAGACGCCGAUGAAAUUUACGCCACGAAUGAAGCAUACCACUGGGCUGGGCUAAUACAUCUUUCGCGACGUGUCCUUGCAUUGCCAUCUUCUGAUCCAGAAGUUCAAAAACAAGUCCAGAAUGUGCUUGAAUCGCUCGAGAAAGUCAGACGAGGCAGCACCGCCGAGUCGUGUCUGCUGUUCCCGAUGUUCACUGCGGGUUGCGAAGCUCUGCAAGAGGAUCAGAGAAUGCUGUUUAUGGACCGAAUGGAGGCUGUUGAAGGAUGGGGCAUGGCGCAUGUCGGACGAGCCAGGCAGCUGAUGCAGACAGUAUGGGAUACUGGAAAGCCAUGGGAGACGCUAGUCGACGGAGAAUUUUUCGGGUGA